GGUAACACCCAUUUUGUUUACCUGGAGGAAACCAGAGACGGAAACUCCCAGCCUGAAGAGAAGAGUGGGAAACAAAACCAAAGACAAAACAACAAGACAACAGAGUGUUUUUUGUAGUGAAAGUGGAUUUUAAAGAUAUUUUGGAUACUUAUAGAGAUACUUCAGGGUUUGUUUCCCUUCCUUUUGGCAUUACAAAGGUGUGAGUGAGAGAAGUGGGACUGUCAGAGUAAUGGGAGGAGCUGCAGGGUUCUCCAUGUAUGGACUCUCUUCAUAUGGUAAAUAGAGGGUCACAUGGGGCAAUAGUCUUGGAGCAGUGGGGGGAAAAGGGAGGGAAAGGAACAAGGAGAGAGUGAAGACUACACACUACAAGACUUUGGCCUGCCUCACGUCUAUAAGGGAGCACUUUCACCCUGACUUUAGAGGACACUGGAUUACACAACAAAGAGAAAGGGAAGAAAAGAGUUGGAGUGCCAUGUUGUGGUCAAUCUGAAUCCCCAGCUUUCCUCACUGAAGUCCUAUGUCUUCCACUUGACAGGAUUUUUUUCCCUUCCCUGUGGGGUUUGAAAGUUCAACAGUGAGUGCCUUCCUGGUUGUCGUCACUUGACACCUCUUCAUACAUUCUUCCGGACAGUUGAAGAGCCAAGAUGCCCACCUUCACUGUAGUGCCGGUGGAGGAUGCGGAGGGUGGCAGCAACAGUGCGGCUGCAGCUGGAGGAAGUAAACCGGUCAGUUUGCGCAAACUGUUUGUGGAGGAAGAGGAUAAGAACUCACAAGGAACCAACUCAGGAGAUGAUAGUCAGAGAGAGUCCAGUCCAUUCAUCAACUCAGACAAUGACAGAGAACCCUAUUAUGAAGGCAAGAACAUGGCCCUGUUUGAGGAGGAAAUGGACAGUAACCCCAUGGUAUCAUCUCUUCUCAACAAGCUGGCCAACUACACCAACCUGACCCAGGGUGUCCGCGAGCAUGAGGAGGCUGAGAAUGAGGAAGGGGUCAGGAGAGUCGCUGUAAUGGUCCCCCAAAUGGGAACCUUCAUUGGAGUUUACCUGCCAUGCAUGCAGAACAUCCUGGGUGUGAUUCUCUUUCUGCGUCUCACCUGGAUCGUUGGCACAGCAGGAAUCCUGGGAUCCUUCGCCAUCGUCUCCAUGUGCUGCAUCUGUACUUUGCUCACAGCCAUAUCAAUGAGUGCCAUAGCAACCAAUGGAGUUGUCCCAGCCGGUGGCUCGUACUACAUGAUCUCCAGAUCAUUGGGUCCGGAGUUUGGAGGAGCAGUGGGUCUCUGCUUCUACCUCGGAACCACCUUCGCUGGAUCCAUGUACAUACUGGGCACCAUAGAGAUUCUGCUGACAUACAUUGUUCCAACAGCAACAGUGUUUAAAGGAACCGACGAUGAAGCAAGGCUCAACAACAUGCGUGUCUAUGGCACAUGCUGCCUGGUGCUGAUGGCGUUGGUAGUGUUUGUAGGGGUGAAGUAUGUGAACAAACUGGCUCUGGUGUUUCUGGCCUGUGUGAUUCUGUCCAUCAUGGCCACUUAUGCAGGAGUAAUCAAGACGAUGAUCGAACCACCAGAAUUUAAUGUCUGUCUGUUGGGAAACCGAUCUCUAAGCAAUGAAAAGUUUGAAACAUGCGCAAAGACGCAGAUUGUGAAAAACCAAACUGUGACCACUGAGCUAUGGAGCAUCUUCUGUAACAGUAAAUACCCCAACGCAACAUGUGAUGAAUACUUCACCUUAAACAACCUGACAGAGAUACAGGCCAUACCUGGGCUUCUGAGUGGAGUUAUCAAAGAAAACCUGUGGGGCGACUACAGUCCAGCUGGUAUGUACAUAGAGAACAAAGACCAGCCUUCUGUACAACUCCUGGACACGCCUAUAGACACAGAUAAGCCCUACGUCUUCAAUGACAUCACCACCUACUUCACUCUGCUUGUGGGAAUAUACUUCCCCUCUGUUACAGGCAUAAUGGCUGGUUCUAACAGGUCCGGUGAUCUCAGAGAUGCCCAGAGGUCCAUUCCAAUAGGAACCAUAAUGGCUAUUCUCACCACCUCUUUCAUUUACAUCUCCUGUGUGGUCUUGUUUGGAGCCUGUAUUGAAGGAGUGGUGCUGAGAGACAAAUUUGGUUACUCAGUAAAGAAGAACCCAGUAAUUGGUAUUCUGGCCUGGCCGUCACCGUGGGUGAUUGUGAUUGGCUCGUUUUUCUCCUGCUGUGGGGCGGGACUUCAGAGCCUCACUGGCGCUCCCCGGCUACUCCAGGCCAUCGCUCGGGAUGGCAUCAUCCCUUUCUUACAGGUCUUUGGCCAUGGGAAGGCUAAUGGUGAGCCAACCUGGGCUCUGUUGCUGACAGUAGGGAUCUGUGAGAUAGGAAUCCUCAUCGCUUCUCUGGAUGCUGUGGCCCCCAUCCUCUCCAUGUUUUUCCUCAUGUGCUAUCUGUUUGUUAACCUGGCCUGUGCUGUUCAGACUUUGCUCUGUACCCCCAACUGGAGACCUCGCUUCAAGUUCUAUCACUGGACCCUGUCUUUCUUAGGGAUGAGUCUGUGUCUAUCUCUCAUGUUCAUCUCCUCCUGGUACUAUGCCUUGGUUGCCAUGGUGAUAGCUGGCUGUAUCUACAAGUACAUUGAGUACAAAGGGGCAGUGAAGGAAUGGGGAGACGGGAUCAGAGGUCUGUCCUUAAAUGCAGCACGCUAUGCUCUCAUCCGGCUGGAAGAAGCACCACUACACACCAAAAACUGGAGGCCUCAGCUGUUGGUGUUGUGUAAGUUGGACUCAGACCUGUCAGUGAAACACCCUCGCCUCCUGUCCUUCAGUACACAGCUCAAAGCAGGAAAGGGACUGACCAUCGUCUGUUCAGUCCUGGAGGGAACCUACAUGACCCGGGGCAAUGAGGCCAAGACUGGAGAGCAGAACUUGAAAGCAGCCAUGGCUUCAGAGCGGAUGAAGGGUUUCUCCCAUGUGGUGGUGUCCUCAAACCUGCGUGAUGGUUUCUCCCUGCUCAUCCAGUCGGCAGGACUGGGAGGAAUGAAACACAACGCUGUCCUGAUGGCCUGGCCGACAGGUUGGACACAAGCCCGGGACUCCUCCGCAAGGAGGAACUUCAUAGAAACGGUGAGAGAGACGACGGCAGCUCAACAGGCUCUGCUUGUUGCUAAGAACAUCGACCAUUUCCCCAGUAACCAGGAGCGUCUGAAGGAGGGAACCAUUGAUGUGUGGUGGAUCGUACAUGAUGGUGGACUACUCAUGCUGCUGCCUUUUCUACUGAAUCAACACAAGGUAUGGAGGAAGUGUAAAAUGCGAAUCUUCACGGUGGCCCAGAUGGACGACAAUUCCAUCCAGAUGAAGAAGGACCUCCAGAUGUUUCUCUACCAUCUACGCCUGGAUGCAGAGGUGGAGGUGGUGGAAAUGCAUGACAGCGACAUCUCAGCCUUCACCUAUGAGAAGACCCUGGUGAUGGAGCAGAGGUCUCAGAUGCUUAAACAGAUGCAGCUGUCCCGCAAUGAGAGGGAGAGAGAGAUUCAGAGCAUCACAGAUGUAUCGCGUGGCUCCAUAAAGCGGAAGAAGUCGCCGGGUGCUGCUGCCCCUUCCCUCAACACGCCUUGCAUACCUGAGGAUGAGGCCCAGCUGAUCCACGAUAGAAACACAGCGUCUCAUUCUACAAUGACUGACAAAGCUGCUGGUGCCACACCAGAUCGUGUCCACAUGACCUGGACCAAAGAGAAACUGAUCCACGAGAGGAACAAACACAGAGAAGGCAUGGGAGUCAAAGACAUGUUUAAUAUGAAACCCGAGUGGGAGAAUCUCAACCAGUCCAACGUGCGGAGGAUGCACACAGCCGUGAAGCUGAACGAAGUGGUGGUCAAGAAAUCCCAGAAUUCACAGCUGGUGUUGCUCAACAUGCCAGGCCCACCGAAGAACAAGAAAGGGGAUGAGAACUAUAUGGAGUUCCUGGAGGUCCUGAUGGAUGGCCUAGACCGUGUCGUGUUGGUUCGUGGAGGUGGUCGGGAGGUCAUUACCAUCUACUCCUAGUGCCAGGAGUUCUUAAUCGUUUGGAAGGGCACUGGAAAGAAACACUGUUGGACAGUAGGACAGGGAGUUGACAGAGGAGGGUCAUGGAUUUGAGAUGGACAAAGAUGUUGGACAGAGGAAGUAGAGUGUGCUCCCUCUCAUACUGCCAGGAGGAAAACAGUGCCACUUACCAUUUUGGAGGGUCAUGGUCGAAGGGAAGGACAGGGGAGUUUACCUGCAGCACAGCCUCAGUGGGCUCAGAGGUUCUCUCUACACCCCCUCCUCCUCCUCGGGCUCCCUAACUCCGCCACAUCUGUACACUGUAAAAUGACAACUGUACGGCUGCACUGUGGAGAUGUUCUCCCCUCAGAUAAACUUUGUAAGAGCUGUCAUUUCAAUUUAACAUAUUUCAUUGCUUCACCAGGCACUUGUUGGAGGAAAGAACACCAACUACAGCUGGUUGUCAUUUUUAGCAGUUCACUGAUUGUAGUUUCAAUGAGGAGUGCCAACAUAGCUGACAGUGCCACUGAUGAAACUUUCUAUUGAUUUAUAACAAGCACUGACUCUAGAAUCAUGGGAUGAGUUGAACAUGUUUUUAAGCCAUUAUAUCUGACAGAAUAUCAUGUAUCACAAGUUAAAGCCCCAUUGAGUCCUGUCAGGGCAGUUAAAGGGCAAAUGUGGCAAUAUUGAUUGUAAUCUAUAGAUUGUCUUGAACAUUGCUUAUCCACUGUUUUUAUUGCCAUAUGUGAUGAAAAAGCACCAGAUAGUAAAAAUGCAACUUUUGUGAUUUUAGCAUUUUAGUCGAUGAUUUUUGUGUUUGAGGAAAACGUUACGCUGUGUGUGUGUGUGUGUGUGUGUGUGUGUGUGCGUGUGUGUGUGUGUGUGCAUGUGUGUGAGCUCAGCUCUUAACCAGCCAGCGUGCAUUGAUGAGGAAAACUGAGCAAUGUGGAGCCUAUGUAGUAGUGUUUUCAUUUAAUGUGAUUUCAUAUGUUUUAAACACAGAUAACUUUAGCUAUGGGAUGUUUGUUCAUGAAAAAAGACACACAUAUUAAACAAACCAAAGAAAAA